AGCCUACGCAUGCGCAUUUAUUUACACCGCUCCUCGUGAAAACAUGGCGACACCGGCUAAAGUCAGCAAACCUGAGGGCAAAAAUAACCACGAAAAUGCCGAUGAGGCAGCAGACAAAGAGCAACAAGAAGCAAUAGAACAGAUAGAUGAGGUACAGAAUGAAAUUGACCGACUAAAUGAGCAGGCCAGCGUAGAGAUUCUCAAGGUGGAACAAAAGUACAAUAAACUAAGGCAGCCGCACUAUUCCAAGAGGUCCGACCUUAUUGCUAAAAUACCUAACUUCUGGGUAACAGCAUUUGUCAAUCACCCUCAAGUGUCAGCACUACUCAGCGAAGAAGACGAGGAGGCGCUACAGAGUUUAACAAAGGUGGAAGUACAGGAGUUUGAAGAUAUCAAGUCCGGUUACAGGAUCAAUUUUCACUUUGAUGUUAGCAAUCCAUACUUUGAGAAUGAUGUUUUGUACAAAGAGUUUCAUCUGAACGACACAGGAGAACCAUCCUCAAAGGCAUCUCCAAUAAAAUGGAAAGCUGGAAAGGAUUUGACAAAGAAGAACAGUCAAAUCAAAGGACGUAAACGGAGCCACGAGGAGCAGGAAUCUUUCUUCAGCUGGUUUGGUGACCAUCUUGAUGCGGGCACUGAUGAGUUGGGGGAAGUGAUUAAAGACGACAUCUGGCCAAAUCCACUGCAAUACUACUUGGCGUCUGAGAUAGAGGAAGAGGGUGUUGAUGAGGGUGAGGAGGAGGACCUAGAUGAUGAGGGGGAAGAGGAUGAGGGAGAGGGAGAUGAAGAGGAAGAGGUGGAAGGAGAUGAGGAGGAAGGAGAGGAUGAAGGAGAUGAUGAUGCUGCAUGAAAGAAGAAACAGUCUGACCAUAGCAAUUUGUAGUUAAUAGCACAAGAGAAACUGAAGUCGGUAUAUUUUACAUUCCUUCUCUUGAAAAGAAUUGGAAAUCUCCCGUACUGACCUUCAUCAACCGAAUUUUGACUAUAUGGACACCACCAAUACUGAUUCAAAUUUUAAAAAAAUUGUUGUAAAGUUUAUUUUUGUAGUAAAGUCCUUUGCUUUCUGUACUGCCAAUAGUGUUGAGUGUAUAGAGGAACAACAAGUUGUCAUGUUGAAAGAUCACGUUUGGAUUGCCAAUAAUGUCUUUUUCAAUAAAUGUAUUUAUACAGUUUUAAUUCUAGGAAAUGUAGGCAUAGAAGUAGCCCAAAAUGGUCGUUUUAAUGUCAGUUUUGGUGGUGUCUAAUUUGUCAGGAUGUUUUUUUACUUUAUAUUUCUUUGACUCGAUAGAAAUAUUUUGUGUAGAUUUUCUCACAGAAGAAUAAAAACCAAGAAGGACCUCCAAAUGUUAUGCAGAAAUUUGUAAAUAAAUAGAGAGCCCAUUAAAUUCUCUUCAUACUGUAGUGGAAUAAUAGUGGCACGGAAAUGAUAUCGGCUAAAAUUGUGCAUAUUUCCACUGAUCUAGAGUUUUGAAGAUUUGAUGACUGUCAUCGUGUCAAAUAGUACCAUGCGGAAUGCAAGGAAAAGAUGUCUGGAAAGGUGAUUCGAUCAUUAAAGAUUUAAGUAUGGUGGAUGUGCAGACUGUCACGUGUAUCUAAUUUUAAUCUUGGGCACAGAGAAAAUAAAUCAUAAAAAAACAAUUAUAAGAACUAUUUAUUAUUUCCGAGAUUUAACUUGCCUUUUUUGUCUCUCAAGGAUUGGGAAACUUCUUUUAUAUCUUUGCACUGAAUUGUGUUUUCUAGAAGAUUUUGGGAAAUAUUUCACAUCUGACUUGCUUGCGUAUAUAAAUAUAUGUAUUACUGUUAAUAGAUUACCAUCAUAGCCAGUGCACUUUGUGUGUGAAAAUAUGUGGAAGAUGGGUGCUACCAGUAAUGCAAUAGUGGCUUUGUUCAUUUUCUUUUUACAGUGGAUAAUUGUAAAAGCUAAGAAAUGACACACGGUUGUUGUCUCUGCAAUAGUAACAAGAGUAAUGUGUGGUACAGAAUAACCUGUAUUUUGUCGGACAGAAUAGUAGAAUGGCAUAUAGAGUGCAAUAGUGGAUAAUCAAAUUGGUAGCCGUCAGUGAUCAAAUAUGUUUCGGGGAUUUAACAUGUACUAAUAACACAGUUUCUGUAUAUCUUGAGGAUAUGUUCAGUUUGGGCUACUAUAGUUUUCAAUUAGUUUUGAUUCCAUAUCAUCCACUUUGGCCAUAUGUUCAUAUUUUGGCCAUCUGCCUUGAUAUUGCUGAUGUGUCCAUAAUCUGUGCAAGGAGUGGGUAUCAGUGCUUGAAUUGAUGUUUGUAAUCUUAAUAUUUUCUGUCAAAAUUGAAUGUUUUGAGUGAUAUCAUAUAUUUUUAGCUCGUAGUUAACUUUCUUUCUUUUCUUGGCUUUUUGGUCUGUUGCUUUCAAGAGAAUUAUUGUUGGGAGGGGGGAAUUAUUUUUGAAAAAAUAAAUUAUUUCAUCUUGUUCGGAUUUUAUAAUUUGUCCGGUGACCUUCUAGUCAGGGGGGUUGACAUGGAAAUACUGGUAGAAUAUAAGUUGCUAUUGUUGAUGCGUCCUGCCCUUAUGUUGUAAUUUAUAAGGGAGCUAGUACAUACACAUAACACGUAUGUAUAUUUGGAUGGGGAACGGGCAAAAAUUCUUGUGGUCUAAACAAUUGGAAGGUAUGCUUUGGUUUCCUGUAUAUGUAAGGAUAAAUUUGCCUGUAUUUAUAGAAGUCUAUUAACAGUACUAUAUACAGUGAUAAUCGUGUGGGAUGCUUUGUAGAUAGAUGUCAGCGGUGCAGUUCUGGUGUCAAGAUAGUCCUUAUCCUCUGCUUUGUUAGUGUCAGGUCUGUCUUUCAGUUUACGGUUGUAUCAGCAGAAUUAUGAUAAGAGAAAAGCAAUAUUGGAGCAAAGAUGGUAUGAAUGGUAUAAAUAGAUUGCAAGAUUGGUCACUCUUACAUAGGCCUGGUAUCAUUUGUUCUUUGUACAUCAAUGAGAUUCAUAAUAAAUGAACAUUUGAUAGAAAAAAA